CUUGUCAUUCUAUGCACGGAAGAAUUACUUCCUCUGUAAUAUAUUUGUUUGCAUUUUAUUUCCAUGUAAAGUUAAAAACGAACGGUAAAACUAUUUAAUUCAAAAAUAGAAAGUUGAAGAGUUAAUCAAUUCAGUGCAGUCGAAUAAAAUAUGGCACCCGUUGAAGUGGAUUCUGCUCCUAUUGAACCUCAAGUGAGGAAUUUAAAUUUGUCAGGACAUGUGGGGUUUGACUCAUUACCUGACCAGCUGGUCUCAAAAAGUGUUCAAAAUGGGUUUAAUUUUAAUAUUAUGUGUAUUGGUGAAACAGGAUUGGGAAAAUCAACUCUAAUGGAUUCACUGUUCAAUACAAAUUUUGAAUCGAGUCCAAGUCCACAUUCUUUGCCUUCUGUCAAACUGAAAGCUCAUACAUAUGAGUUACAAGAAAGCAAUGUUAGACUUAAGCUUACAAUCGUUGAUACUGUCGGUUAUGGGGACCAAAUUAACAAAGAAAAUAGUUUCAAGGCUAUUGUGGACUACAUAGAUGCCCAGUUCGAAAAUUAUCUUCAGGAGGAAUUGAAAAUUAAAAGGUCCUUAUCGACUUUCCACGAUACACGCAUCCACGCUUGUCUCUAUUUCGUAUGUCCGACAGGACACGGUCUGAAAUCAAUCGAUUUGGUUUGCAUGAAACAGCUCGAUCAAAAGGUAAACGUCAUUCCCAUAAUCGCAAAAGCCGAUACGAUAUCCAAAACGGAACUGCAAAAAUUUAAGUCUAAAAUUAUUGCCGAACUUCAAAAUAAUGGCGUAUCUAUCUACGAAUUUCCCGUCGAUGAUGAAUCGGUAUCCGAUAUUAAUACAUCGAUGAACUCUCAUGUACCGUUCGCCGUAAUCGGCAGCACCGAUUUUAUACGAGUAGGAAAUAAAAUGGUUAGAGCCAGACAAUAUCCUUGGGGUACCGUUCAAGUUGAGAACGAAUCUCAUUGCGAUUUCGUGAAGCUCAGAGAAAUGUUGAUUCGCACAAACAUGGAAGAUAUGCGAGAAAAAACCCAUUGCAGACAUUACGAAUUGUACAGAAAAAAGCGUCUCGAAGAAAUGGGUCUUAGCGACGUGGACGAGGACAACAAACCAGUGAGUUUUCAAAAAACCUUCGAAACGAAAAGGUCUACACAUCUGUUAGAGUUGCAGCACAAGGAGGACGAGAUGAGACAGAUGUUCGUUGUUAGGGUGAAGGAAAAGGAAUCUGAACUAAAGGAAGCAGAAAAGGAGUUACACGCCAAAUUUGACAAGCUCAAAAAAGACCACACGGAAGAAAAGAAAAAAAUCGAGGAUUCGCGUAAAAAGCUCGAGGACGAAGUUGUGGAAUUCAACAGAAGAAAGUCGCAAUACCAACAAAUGAGUCAAAGCCAUCACACCCUCACCCUUGGCAAAAGGCUGCAUAAUAAAUUUUUAUGAAGAACAUGCCAUUUAUAUGGAAUAAAUAGAACCUUUAAGGUCGUAGUGCCAUGUACGUCCAUUACGAUUAAGUUUAAAUUAUAGAUUUUAAAUAGAUUUAAAUAUUUUUGUUGAAUGUCUAUUUUAUUUAGAGUAUAAGUACUACCAAAGCUACGCAUUUAAUGAUAUAAUAAAAUUUUAUUAAAAAUCAAUAUUUAUUGUGAAUAAUAUUAAGUAUUAAACG